AUGAUAACUCCAGAAACGGCAGGAACUACUUCCACUGUUUCUCAACCCCAACCAACCAAGAGGGACUCCGGUUCAUCCAUAGCGUCGGUGCAGCUCACUUCUCCUGCAAGCAGUGAACCACCAACGCAGAAAGGAUUCACGGUGGAGGCCGCUUCUUUAACCACUGCAAAUGACAUUCAGAUGGAGAAGGUCACUGGUACCUCAUCUCAAUCAAGUGAAACUACAGCAGCGCACUGUUGGCCCCUCGUGAAUGACGGCGCCGGAGCUGCAGCAUCCACCAAGUCGACAUUAAACCCUGAGGCGAAAGAAUUUCAUGUGCCGAUGGGUGCUGUUGGCUUCGCAGUCCCUGCUGUACCCAACCCAGUGGAUCUGCACGCAAUGCUUCAAAACCCCCUCUUGUAUUGUCAACCUGCCCCAAUGACGCCAAUGGCAAUGCCGUGGCCUCCGAGUCGUGGUGGUAUUGCAAAUGAUGGGAUGAUUGCACCUCCAGAGAAGAACGUGGCGGCACGAUGGCCCGCGAGUACGCCCAGCGUACGCGUAAUGGCUUCACACGACAGCUCCAGUGGUAACAGCGGGAGCACUGCCGCCAAUACCCAAAAUUCUGUGUCACAAUCACCACAGUCACUCACCUCCCAAAUCAUGCUGGCAUUCGCUUCUGAGUGCAGCAAUUACCAUAUUGUCGCCGUUUUCAACCUCGAGUCGCGUACAACAAAGGAGGAGCUGUUGAACAUAUUCUUUCCCAUGAAUGCAAAGAAAGCAGAAAUUUUGCCGCAACACUUCUCCCUGCGUCCGAAUCGACGCGCAGGUGCUGUGUUCUUUCCCUCUAAGGCGUUUGCUGCUGUGGCCGUCGAGAAGUUUAAUGAUUUUGUGCCUAAUGGACAGCACCAGCCACUCCGAGUAAUCUAUUGUGACCCGGAAGCGCCACCUGCUCAAAGUUUGCCAGUGUCUCCAGAUGCAACUCGCAGUGUAACGUCGAUGUCAGGCAAGCAAAAGCAGCAACAAACGCAACGUACGCAGCAACAGCCAACAUGGGGUCUCUCCUCCUCAGCGAAGCCAUGGCGGUUACCUCCAGGUACUGAACUCUACAAAACACACAUGGAAAUGUGCCGCUUUAUUCAGAGCAAUUCACACAUGAAUAGAGCCUCCGGGAAGCACGUCGUCGCGAUACACGGUUUGGAUCCAGAAGUGGCUCAUUCCGUUUUAAGUCAGAACUUUAUUCAAAAGGGUGCUGAGUGCUUCGAUAUGUGGCCCCCUAAAUCAUGCAGCUUCGCGACAACCCCUAUGGCCUGCAGCAGUGUUAGCGCUCUGGUAUACUAUAAUGAAGAGGCGACGGCGAUGGAAGCAGUGUCGUUAUUUCAGUUGAAACCACCCGAGGGACAGGCGCAACCAAUUGAUGUUGUUCACCUCAACAAACUGUUUGACUUUCACCCCGGCGGUGUGGCGCUUGCUGGUAACCAGUCAGUUGCUGACGUAGCCGGUGGGAAUGAUACAAGUGCUACUUACUCUGCGUUGCAUGACACAUCUAACAUGGCUGUGUUGGACGAGAUAGACGACUUUUUCAAGAGGACAUACAGUGGUCGUGAUCUGUUUCUUGUUGGUGUGCACAACCUGUUAGCAACGAUGGACAAAAAAUCUCUUUUCGCGCUUUUUUCGCGCUAUGGAGCUCUCAGUGCAGAAAUAUUUCCAGAUAUUGUCCAACUUUCUGGUGGCCCAAGGCGCAGUGGGCUGAUAUUCUUCGAUAAGGAGGGCACUGCACGUGACGCUGCUGAAAAAUUGAACGGUUCCUACGCUAAAGGGCAGUUAUUCCCCAUGGUUGCGCGCUACCUUUCUAAACCAAGCGGCCGAGAUCCUGUCAGUGGUACGGCAGCCUCUGAAGCGGCAGUGGAGUCCGGUACGAUGUUAAAACCAUUUCGGAGGAAUGUUGCAAGUGACGUGAAUGACCUAUGUGCUAGAGUUGGGAAUAAUGCUCUACUUCGUGAGGUGGUUGAAGAGCUUCAUGCCAACGUCGUGGAUGUCAAUGUGUUAACUGAUAAGAUGCAGCAGCUGCUUACUAACCCAGAGGCAACAGAAAAGACGGCGGAGCAACUUGCCACAGCGUUAACCGACACACUCAUUGCAUUUGGGCACCACGCACAAGCACUUUCAACACCACUGGUAAAUGCCUUGUUAUCACUCCACGAAAAGAUGCGGAUCCCCCGCAGGGGUGGUAGGGAUAAUGUGGGAGUGGAAAAUGGUGAAGACCCCGACCUGAUUAUGGGCAGGAACAUAAUUUUCAUUUCGAAGAUCGCACGGUCGCUCGUGCACCUCUUUAUCAGCAACGACAAACCAGAUGAGUCUCGAAAAGUGGCAGCUGUGUUGAGUGCCUAUCUCUUCCAGUAUUGUUACUUGAAGAAAAGUCCGUAUGAAUUGGCAGUCAAGAUUAUCAAGGAGCACGAGGUUGCGCUCAGGAGUGCAAAGGAAUUUGAAAGAAGUCGACCGCUAUCAACUAAACCCGCCGUCCUGUUUGGAGCGGGGAAGGGUGAAGAGGAUGUUCACAAACCGUGCCUCAUUCUGCUUGCUUGCCUAGAGGAAUUCACGUCUUUGUGGAGGAAGAACAAUAAGUCGCGCGCCAAAAAAGAUCCGUACCGCAAGGAAUACGACCAUUGUCUCGAGGGACUGCUGCCACUCGACUCGGCACAGGGUGGAGGAAAUUCUUCAUUGUGUGCCAGUGCUCGACCAACCCCAAGGCGUGUCAUAGAGAAAGUGACACCUGUGAAUGCUAACGGUACAAGUAAUAGUUCACCGGGUCUUACAUAUACAUCGCCAUCUUCUCACCGAGUCACCACUCGUGGUGAACCGAUGGACAUCAGCAGCUCCCACGAUGUCUCAGUGGAAUGUGCCUCUCCCCACUCAGCAACGCCCGUUUCGUUACCGCAUGGUGACGCAUCGACCCCGUCAAUGUUCUUCCGCCACUGUGGAAGCAGCGCGGCAAUGAGUUUGAUCCAAAAACAGGUGCAGCAGCAGCAACAGCAUUUGCAACAACAACAGCAACAGCAACAUCGUGCGUCACAAGUGAGGCCACAACUUUCUGAAGCAGCCACGGGGCUGGACUCCGCAAAAACGUUUUCAGGUCCACGAGGAGGUGGCUACGCCCCAAGUGUUUACACACAGGCCGAAUUGAUGGACCGAACAGUAUACAUCACGAAACUUCCCUCGACACUUCGCCGAGCACAAUUUCGUCGACUUCUUACAUACUUUGGUGAGCUUAAUAAGGUUCGAUUGUGCCGUGAUGAAAAUCAAGUUCCACCAAAGGGGGAUAUUACUGGAGUGGGAAGGAAUGGCUCUGAACUGGGUGCCCCCGCCCCAACGCUGUGGUUUAGUUUCGUGGAGUUUGCGGAACCGAGCAGCUCGAAGGCAAUUGUUGAGUACUUCCGCAACGCCACCUUCACCAGUAAACCAUUCAGUUUUCUCCUGGACACACCUAAGGGAAUGCCGGAGGCUAGCUACUUUACCGUGCAAGACAUCCAAAGUUUGUUGAAUGUUCGCACAAGCCCGGCCCGAAACCCCAUUCAUGAUCAGUUGUCGCUCGACGCGGUUUUGACGUACUCGUUCCCACCUGUAAGUGUGGUGUGUACUGAGCCCUGCCGCUUCGGAAUAGAGCAUGGGGAGAAAACUAUUGACUCUGCAAUUGAUGCAAGCCCAUUCUCAGCAUUUGGUUCCUCUUGCAACAUGGGUUUAACACCUGCAGCGCGAAUGCGUGUGACGACGAAACCUUUGACAGAUGUGCAGCGACAUCAACCACCGGUGGGAACAUGUGGUGAACAAACGAAAGACGCUGAUGCUUCGGAUGAUGACUCGCUUAUUGAAGACAUUAUGGACAGAGGUGUAAAGUUGGCAGCAGACCGUACGUAUGCAAAGGGGUCAAGGGAAAUGCCGCAUGAGGCAAGCAGACACACGACUUCGUUCGAUUCAUUUGUAAAGGAAAUGUGUGGGAAAUUAGGGGAGGCCGAUGUGCGUGAGUUCGCGGUAUUUGGAGAUGUUUCCCAGCAGAGCAUGGCCCCCGCAAACGCCCUUCGCGAAAAGGAACCGAACAAUUACAGUAUGAUUUGGGGUAGUCAUGCCUUCGGUGAAGUGUUGAUGGACGAUGGUCGUUAA